AUGGCCCGGUUUGUCGAUUUGGACGAGGAGGGCGACGAUGCUGGGCGUGCGAUACAAGAUGCUAUACAGCGGAAACUCGAGCAACUUGUCAAUGGCACCGCCCGGCUCUGCGUCGAGCCACCCGUCGUCGAACCGCCGCCGCCCGUCUCGGAUGCCAUCACCGACGCAUUCAGCUGUUAUCCUAUCGUUGUCGCCAUCGUUUCUUCGAUUGACCUCAAUACCCUCGACGCCCUCUCCCGCACCAGCCGCGGAAUCCACCAGGGUCUGAUCCAGUAUCGAACCAUUCUCCUGGCCUCGACCCUCCGCUGCUCCAACGAGAAACUCCCCGUCAACCGCGACGAGCUGCUCCGAUACCGGGCUCGCGCCAGCAACUGGCACUAUAUGGAAGAUGGCAGGAAUUACAGCGGCAAGGCCGGCAACUGCGCGCGCGACAUGGUUGACGAGUGCAGGCGAUGCGGCGAGGUGAUUUGCAGGAACUGCGCCAUCAAGCCGCCCGCGCCCGUCGCGCUCCGGGAAAGGCACCGAAGGCUCUGUGUCACCUGUGUGCGAGCUCCCAUCGGGACUCUUGUCCAUCCGCCCCUAGAUCCAGACACUCCUUUCUACUCAGAGCCCGUGCAGCGGGCCGUCUGCAAAUGCGACACCAAGGGAGUCUGGCUUUGUCAACCCUGCGGACGCAGCAUCCGGGGGGCAGACCAUGAGUACCAGCGCAUCUGGAAGUGGCGAAACCAGUAUGGCGAGGUGCUUGGUGGCCUUGGCACCGGCAUCGGUGACGGUGACCGGGGUGUCAUCUGCGGCCGUGAGGAGGAGUGUCUCGCCGCGCGUGACCGUGAGCAAGAGGUCGACUGCGACGCGGAGGACGUGCGCGACACGGGCCACGCGCCUUGGGUCGCCGAGCUUCCCUCGCCGGCUUCGGCGGCUACGACACCGGGGCACAGCGGAUCCCCGUUCGGUGGCACCGGCACUCCGCUCACGACCUUGAUCGAAGAGUUCCGUCAUGAAAACGAGCGGACACCAUCUCCCCAGCUCGGGCCAGGCUAUGCCCGCCACGAGAUUGAGGGCAUCGGCGGCCGGGUGAAGCGCAAGCUGGUCCGUAUGGUGCGCGUCGGGGCCUGCGUGCCUGAAUGGGACGACGAAAAGGGGAGCGGGAGCCGCGUCCUCGCGCCAGAGGUCAACGGCUCUUGCCGAAGCUGGUGCGGCUGGUGCUGGAGGGUCAUUCCCGGGAGGAAGGACAUCAACGAGGAGACGUCAUCCGUAGGCAGCGCCCGCCGGCCGUCAUCUGUGAGUAGUGCUGGUCGUCGGCCGUCGUCGUGA